AUGAAGAACCAGGGAGAUACCAUCAAGAGGCUUGAAUCUCAAGUAGGGUACCUUUCUCAACAAAUCCCCAAAUCCACUGACAGUUUCCCAAGUGACACUGAGAAGAAUCCAAGAGGAGAGACCAAGAAUGUGAGAUGGGAAGAAUGCAAAGCAAUCACUCUAAGAGAUGAAGAGAUUUUGGAGGAAAAAGUUAGCAAGCCAUCAGAGCACACUCAGGGAAUUCCAAAGGAGAAACUGGAAGAGAAAGAACAAGGAAUUGACUCUGCACAAAUGAAGGAACCAAUAGAGAAGGAAAUCUUGAGCCCUUAUGUACCAAAAGUACCAUUCCCUCAGGGUGGUGAGAAAGAGAAGUCAUACUCGAGGUUCUUAGAUAUGUUUGCAUCUCUUCAUAUCAACAUUCCCUUCAUUGAAGCUCUCCAACAGAUGGCUUCAUAUAUCAAGUGCAUGAAGGAGUUGCUAACCAAGAAAAAUCCAUUGAAAGAUGGACAAACAGUAGUGAUGAAUAGGGAAUGCAGUGCUCUCAUCCAGAAAGACCUGCCUACAAAGAAGAAGGAUCCAAAGAGCUUUCACAUCCCUUGUGCUAUAGGGGAUACAAUGAUUGACAGAGAGUUUUGUGAUUUGGGAGCAAGCAUCAAUCUAAUGCCUCUGUAUCUCAUGAAGAAGCUGUAA